AGUCGAUGGCAGCUCCCGAGAAUAAGCGGUUUUUGUUUUUUAUUUUUAACGAUUCGUCAUUAAUCAGCUAAAACAAGGCAGCCAGGAAUCGGAAAAUCAAGGCCCAAGGCUGGUGUUAACAAUUGAAGUGCAAUUCAUUAGUGCUGUUAACGUGCAAUAAUAACACGGUAAUGCUAAGAAGGUGAAGGAUAGUAAAAGACAACAGCGAAAGCAAUUCUAUUUAAAGAGCGAGAAACGAGUCGAAUAAGUCAAAAGUACGAGUCAACCAAACAGCAAAGAACUAAAGGAAGAGCGAUAAAAACAAAGAGAUACGGGCUUCAGUAACAGCGAGGACGAGGUCGAGGGAAGGGGAAGAAUCGGAUCCGGAAUCCUCCAGUCAUCACUAGCAACAGCUAAUCGGACUCUCGAGCUAAAUGUCCAGUUGCCGCUAUCGUGCCAUACGGACGGCGUGUCACUCCCGACAAAUGCGUAUUGUGGUUGACCUUGUUUAAUAUAAUUAUGGCCGAGCGGUCGUUACAAAAGUAUCAGAAAUUGGAUACAGUGACGGUUGGAAGCGGCUCAGGAAGUAGUGCAAGCAGAGCAUCAACAGGACUUCUUAGGCGGGGGGCACUUGGGUCGAAAGGGAGCCCAUCGCUUAGCUGAUAGAAUGGGUGGCCCGAAAAAAGAGGAAAACCCACCCGGUGGUGGUCCGACGUCAUUGUUUAUUCUAACCGAGGAUAACCCAAUUAGAAAGUACACACGAUUCAUCAUAGAAUGGCCGCCCUUUGAAUACGCUGUGUUAUUGACAAUCAUAGCCAACUGUGUUGUGUUGGCACUAGAGGAGCACUUACCAGGGGGCGACAAGACAGUAUUGGCUCAAAAAUUGGAAAAAACGGAGGCCUAUUUUUUAUGCAUUUUCUGUGUAGAAGCGUCGCUCAAGAUCCUCGCCUUAGGGCUUGUUCUGCAUAAACACUCCUAUCUCAGGAAUAUUUGGAACAUCAUGGAUUUUUUCGUCGUAGUUACGGGAUUCAUGACACAGUACCCACAAAUAGGGCCCGAGGUAGACCUAAGAACACUUAGAGCCAUUCGUGUGCUACGGCCCUUAAAAUUAGUGUCUGGAAUUCCUAGUUUACAAGUAGUUUUAAAAUCUAUAAUCAAGGCGAUGGCACCUUUACUGCAAAUCGGUCUCUUGGUGUUGUUUGCAAUCGUAAUUUUUGCAAUCAUUGGACUCGAGUUUUAUUCGGGCGCACUGCAUAAGACUUGUUAUAGCUUAGAAGAUCCAAACAAACUAGUGAAGGAGGGCGAAUCGGAGACGCCUUGCAACACGGACAACUCCACGGAGAAGGCAGCCGGCUCCUUUGUAUGCAACAACACCACAAGCAUGUGUCUGGAGAAGUGGGACGGACCAAAUUCAGGUAUCACGAGUUUCGACAACAUAGGAUUUGCCAUGUUGACCGUAUUCCAAUGUAUCACGAUGGAGGGCUGGACGUCAAUACUGUAUUGGACCAACGACGCAUUAGGUUCAGCAUUUAAUUGGAUAUAUUUCGUGCCUCUUAUAGUUAUAGGCUCAUUUUUUAUGCUCAACUUAGUUCUUGGUGUCCUUAGUGGUGAAUUCGCAAAAGAACGAGAAAAAGUAGAAAAUAGACAAGAGUUUCUUAAACUUAGAAGGCAGCAGCAACUAGAAAGAGAGUUAAACGGCUAUGUUGAAUGGAUUUGUAAAGCUGAGGAGGUAAUAUUAGCUGAGGAGCGAACAACGGAAGAAGAAAAAAUGCACAUAAUGGAGGCUCGUAGACGAAACGCUGCCAAGCGGAAAAAACUGAAAAGCUUGGGAAAGUCGAAGUCGACAGACACAGAGGAGGAAGAAGCCGAGGAAGAUUAUGGCGACGAUGGUUACCUGAAAACUCGCUCAAAACCUCAAGGAAGUUGUACCGGCUUUUGGCGGGCAGAGAAGCGGUUUCGGUUCUGGAUCCGACAUACAGUGAAGACGCAGUGGUUCUACUGGUUCGUGAUUGUCCUCGUCUUUCUGAACACAGUCUGCGUGGCCGUCGAGCACUAUGGCCAGCCCUCGUUCCUCACGGAGUUUCUGUACUACGCAGAGUUUAUCUUCCUGGGACUCUUCAUGUCGGAGAUGUUCAUAAAGAUGUAUGCGUUGGGGCCGCGCAUCUACUUUGAGUCGUCGUUCAACCGAUUUGAUUGCGUUGUCAUUAGUGGUUCGAUAUUCGAAGUGAUCUGGUCAGAGGUCAAAGGCGGUUCGUUCGGUCUGUCCGUGCUGCGUGCCCUGCGCUUGCUGCGCAUCUUCAAAGUCACCAAGUACUGGUCCUCGCUGCGCAAUCUAGUCAUCUCUCUGUUGAACUCCAUGAGAUCCAUCAUCUCACUGUUGUUCCUGCUCUUCUUGUUCAUCCUCAUCUUCGCUUUGCUUGGCAUGCAGCUAUUCGGCGGCCAGUUCAAUCUGCCAGGAGGCACGCCCGAAACCAAUUUUAACACUUUCCCGAUAGCACUGUUGACCGUAUUCCAAAUCCUCACUGGCGAGGAUUGGAACGAGGUCAUGUACCAGGGCAUCAUUUCUCAGGGCGGUGCACAGAAAGGAAUGAUUUACUCUAUAUACUUUAUCGUUUUGGUACUCUUCGGAAAUUACACGCUAUUGAAUGUUUUCUUGGCUAUCGCCGUUGAUAAUUUGGCGAAUGCCCAAGAACUUACAGCAGCCGAAGAGGAACAAGUCGAAGAGGAUAAAGAGAAACAACUGCAGGAGCUCGAGAAGGAGAUGGAGGCCCUCCAAGCCGACGGUGUUCAUGUGGAGAAUGGAGACGGUGCCGUUGCCCCCAGCAAGGCCAAGGGCAAGAAGAAGGAGGAGGAGAAGAAGGAGGAGGAGGAGGUGACGGAGGGUCCCAAGCCAAUGUUGCCCUACUCUUCGAUGUUCAUACUUUCACCAACUAAUCCCAUACGACGCGGCGCCCAUUGGGUUGUUAAUUUACCAUAUUUUGAUUUCUUCAUUAUGGUUGUCAUCUCAAUGUCAUCAAUAGCAUUAGCAGCCGAAGACCCCGUUCGUGAGAACUCAAGGCGAAACAAGAUACUGAAUUAUUUCGAUUAUGCAUUUACCGGCGUAUUCACGAUAGAAAUGUUGCUGAAAAUUGUAGACUUGGGUGUUAUCCUGCACCCUGGCAGCUAUUUAAGAGAAUUCUGGAAUAUUAUGGAUGCUGUGGUCGUUAUAUGCGCUGCUGUUAGUUUCGGUUUCGAUAUGAGCGGUAGCAGCGCUGGACAAAAUUUAUCGACUAUUAAAUCGCUUCGGGUAUUGCGUGUUCUACGCCCAUUGAAGACCAUUAAGCGGGUUCCAAAAUUGAAAGCCGUGUUCGAUUGCGUCGUGAACUCAUUGAAAAAUGUUGUUAACAUUCUAAUCGUGUACAUAUUGUUUCAAUUUAUAUUUUCUGUUAUUGGAGUACAAUUGUUCAAUGGAAAAUUUUUUUAUUGUACGGACGAAAGUAAACAUACUUCCGCAGAGUGCCAGGGCUCGUACUUUAAGUACGAGGAGGACGAGCUGCUGCCCAAACAGGAGCUGAGGGUUUGGAAGCCACGAGCCUUCCACUACGAUAAUGUAGCUGCCGCGAUGCUGACACUUUUCGCUGUGCAGACCGGCGAGGGAUGGCCACAGGUCUUGCAACACUCAAUGGCUGCCACUUAUGAAGAUAGGGGUCCAAUCCAAAAUUUCCGGAUCGAAAUGUCCAUAUUUUAUAUUGUGUAUUUUAUUGUAUUUCCGUUCUUCUUCGUCAACAUAUUCGUGGCCUUGAUUAUUAUUACGUUUCAAGAGCAAGGUGAAGCUGAGUUACAAGAUGGCGAAAUUGACAAAAAUCAGAAAUCCUGCAUCGAUUUUACUAUAGGAGCACGCCCACUUGAACGCUAUAUGCCCAAGAACCGGAACACUUUCAAGUAUAAAGUGUGGCGAAUUGUGGUGUCGACUCCUUUCGAGUACUUCAUUAUGAUGUUGAUCGUAUUCAAUACUCUUUUGCUGAUGAUGAAGUAUCAUAAUCAAGGAGACAUGUAUGAAAAGUCACUGAAGUACAUUAACAUGGGAUUCACUGGAAUGUUUAGUGUAGAAACUGUCCUGAAAAUCAUUGGAUUCGGUGUUAAGAAUUUCUUCAAGGACCCCUGGAACAUAUUCGAUUUAAUCACCGUUCUGGGCAGCAUUGUGGAUGCACUGUGGAUGGAAUUUGGGCACGAUGUAAGUACGAAACACAAUCUACACUGAUUUUGCAUUUAUCCAAAAAGUUUUGAUGUGUACCAAUCAAUGAACUUAGAUUCCGCUUAACUGCUAAGUAAAAGGCCUUCCACUAAAAAAGCUUAUUAAUUACGACCCUCUAUCUUUCCUCUUUCAUUUUAUUCUCCUAAAUCAGACCUAGUUUCAUUUAUUUGUUGUCGACAGCAAAGCGUCAUAUUUGCAAAAAUAUAACUAUAUUUAUACCUUACUUACUCACUUCGAAUAGCCAAUUCUUCGUUCGACAAUGUAUACAUAUUUAUCUUAUUUAUCUUAGUUCACCUUUCUUCCUUAAAUUUCGUACUCUUAUUUCAGUUUUUCGAUUUGGCAAUCAGUUUUCUGUUGCAUAGCACACUACCCUGCGAUUUGUACUUGCUACUGUGUCUCUCUGUCUGUCUCUAUAUCUACGUAUCUAUAUUUGGUUACCUUUACUGUCUUUCUGUGUCUCUUGUAUAAAGUUGCGUGUAAAAGCUUAUAGUCCAGCAUAAGCUUAUAGUGGAAUGUACAGCAAGGGAUGGGCGGAAAUAUUUUGGCAUAUGUAUUAAACAGGAGAUUAUUAGACCAAAUUUAACUCCUUCCGAAUUUGGACUUCCAACAACACCGUAAAAUCAUUGAAUUUAUUACUAGUCUUCAGUGGCCAUACAAUUAAUAGUGUAUGCGAAAGUAAGCAAUCGUGUUUUAAAAAUAAUUAUUGCAUUUAAAGUGACUUCGUUGCUUGAAAUAUUUUAAAGAUCCUAUUGUUGCCCAUAAAAAUACAUAGCGGUUCGACCAGAAGUGUUUUUGGAGUUUUUUUGUACUUCUAAUAUUGCACAAGGCGUUGCAUGCCCCCGCAUAUCUGCCUAAAUUCUAACGAAUUGUGAUAUACAUAUUUUUUUGGUUAUAAAUAUUUAAAGCUUAUAAUAGACCAUUGCAUAUCUUACCCCUUUAAGCAAAAGCCUACCAGUGUGAUUUCGUAAUGUCCUGCUAAAUUAAUAAAAAUAAUGAAUGAUUAAUAAGUAAUUAUAAUUCUUUUAAGAAGAAUAAGAGCAAAUAUGUACAUGAGUUCAUGUUUUAUAUAUAAACAUACAAAUAGUAUGCUAUACAGAAAUAGGAAUUCCGUCUAACCUUCCUUGAAAAUGGUCCGAUUCGUCCAAGUACAAACCUUUUGCGCCCAAAAAUGUUUAUACUAUUAUAAGUUUGAAUGCGAUUUGCAGGGCUUGCAUGGCCAAAGUUUGAUUUACAAAUCAAUUUCAAACAUCUUAAAUUGUUCCCAAAAUAUAAUUUUGUAAAGCUAAACUAAAAAAAAAAUAUAUUUAGAAACCGGACCUGGGGUAUUUUUUUGGCCUUUACUGUCCCGUCUUUACAAAUAUAAAGUUAUGUGCAACUAUAGGAUUGGAUACAAAACCUUAAUAAACAUAUACCAACAAUUUUAAACUACAAUUCAUCUGAAUAUGAUUUAAUAAAUGUCAAAUCAAAGCUUUGUAACGCAUAUGAACACCAGAUAGGGAACUUUUGCUGAACUGAUCGUGCCGAACUGAAUGUGCGUUGAUAUUAUGCAACUACUGUUCGAGUUUGAUCGACCUUCUUGCGUAUGGCUUACAUUGCACAUGGACUCCUUUGGCUUAAUCGAUAUUGCAAUUUCACAACAAAUGCCACACACACAACUCGUUGCGGUUAAUGCUCACUCAUUCUGUCAUGCACACAAAUACGCAAACCCCUACUGUAAACUUAAGGUAAAAGCCACAUAAAUAUACGCACUUGAGAGUAUCCGAUCUUGAAUAAUUCUUCGAUAAAUAUCCGAUAUAUAAACGAUAAACAGAGCAAGAUCGCAAUCAUUGUCAUCAUUGUCACAUCGACCUUUCGCAUCGGAUGAGGUGUCUUAUAAGCUGCCCAACAGUCAAACACUAACUGUAAGUAGUCGCACCCGGCGAGGUCUGCGAAUAAUUGCAUUGAGGCCAACUAAUGACACCAAGCGAGGUACUUAAAAAGGCUCAGACUGGAUAAUCUUUUUAUAUACGUCUAUCGAAUUCUAUUGAUCUUAUAACAUUCGUAAACUUGAUCCUUCAAAAGCAUGAUUUCAGUACUGUCUGGUCUUUUUGUUGAGAACCCCAGCCCAUUUUACAUUCUCCGCUCUCCGCCUGCUCCUGCUACUGCUACUGCAAGUUUUCUCUCUGGGUAAUGUUUUUGCAGGUUGAGCAGUAGUUUCUCUACCAUAAGUCCCAGGAUGGCUUUCAAGAUUUGCUUCCUCCUGCCCCAAAUGCCCGAAACCAAUUUGCUCCAUUUCCUAUUAACACCUUCACGUUCAGUUUUGCUAUGCUCACAUCUUUCACUCCCAUGACUGCAACUUAGUAUGGCCCAGCUUUAAAGUUGGGUUUGGAUUAGCUUUCGUUACAUCGCCUGCAUGCCACUCACACUCGCACUUUCAAAUACAUCCAGAUUUACACACUCAAUCACUAAAACUUGCGAUUUAAAUCGUUCAAUUCACUCGAGGUGUUUUUAAUAAGUUCGCUUCCGCUUGUUACACGCAACCAUAUUUUUUUAAACCGCUUAAGAAGUUUCAAUGCUGAAGUGUGGUAUAGUUGCUUGCCGGCUUGGUUGUUCCACAACAGAUCCCGGUAGUCCCUAUGGUGUGUCUGGGUAAGAGAGGUAAGAGGAUGUCUCAGUCUCAGUUAACGCUAAAAUGAAAUGCGGCUGUUUUAUCCGUUUGUGAGGUAAAUUUUGGUUUCGUGUUUUAUUUCGUCAAUCCACGCCCUUUUCUGUUCUAUUAAAUACAUUUUUAAAGUGAGUGUUCGAAUAUAACAGACUUCGUAGAAGGUAAUAAACAAGCUUAGCAUAGCCAAGCCAUUCUGCGAAAAUAGAAAUAUCGACUUAGAACCUUGCCGAGCUGCAAUUUUCCUAAGCAAUUGAACUAGAAUACAGACACCAAUACAGAUACCAAUGACACAUAUACACACACAGAGAAAUAUAUAUAUAGACAACAUAGAAAACUCUGCUUACUGAUAUUGAUCUUGAUCUAUCUUUGUAUACCUGCUAGAAACUGCAGAAAACUUGUCCUACUAAUUUUCAACUCUACUUUAUUUGUUUCUGUAUUUUUCAAAAAAAAUCUCAAAAACUGUGUAAAAACCAUUACGAAAAUCAACAAAAAUCUCUUGAACGCCGCCCAACGAAUUUCGUUUGACCUGUGAUCGAUCGUCAAACGUCUGAGUAAAAUAAAACUGCACCGAAAAACAAUCCAAUUGAAUACAAAACCAAUCAAAAACAUUUCUUUGUUGUAUUCGUCUUGUAAAUUGCAACGAUCCGAACUAUAUCUGAUUAUCUGAUUGCAAUCAAAAACAAACUGCUCAAUGAUAAAUUCAACAACACCAACCACUACUACUACAACUAACAACAACAACUACAUCAAUGAUUGAACAAUUGCCUGAAUCGUCAAAAAAAAAAAUUAUCGUUUCUUAUGCGGUAUAUGAGUAAUGUGCACAUUGAUUUGUCUCAAAACAAAUCCAAAAUUUUGAAUUAAAAUGGUUUCUGACUAACAGGAUGUAAGUAAACAAAUCUAUCUUCACAAGCUUUCUACUUUCAAAACUAACAAAACUCCAACAUCAACGGUGACAACAAUAUAAACAAAACAACACAACAACUUACAAAAUUCUUUGACUUACUAGCCAAUUUAGAAUUACCUUAACUACUACCAGAAUGUUUACCACGAAUUGUAAUUUCAACUUUGAAUUCUUUAUAUACGAGUAGAUCACAUUGUCGAAUCAUCCGUAGAUUCAACUUUAUUUUAUUUGUUCGCCCACUCUCUAUUUAUUUACUCUUAGCUAGUUAACAAAUAUCAGAGAGCUUAGACAGGGCUGGGCCUGAUCUUUGUAAUUGUAUACUUGCGUGUAUUUUCCCGCAUCCUUUUUUUUUUAAUUUUCGGCUAGAAUAUUCCAACUAAGUUACUUUUAAGUGCGUCGUCCCAAGUUUCCUAAGAUUCAUAUCUUGAAAGGAACAACAGCGUGGAAUUGUUCUUUAUUGUACUCCUCUCUAUCUACCCGCAUACCCCUCAGAGCCAUUGUAUAGCUAAGCGCAGAAUCCCAGGUAGAUAUAGCCUUUCUGCUUAGCUCAUUCUCUAUAUCCCGUGUAUAUAUCUCUCGACCAAUUGGUAACCCUGUUGGUAACUUCAGUGUGCGCGAGUAUCUUUUGUUUUUAUUUACGUAUCCUACACCAUUUUUGUGCAACAGGCAGCGACAGUGUUGCGUCACAGCUUGCUAUUUUGAUAUCUAAUACCUCAUCAGUUCUAGACUCCGUAGUCAAAUAAUGUUUGUCUCUAUACACUUUUUAGCUUUAAGUAUGUGCAAACUCAUUACGUAAUUAGACGGGACUAGCAAAUGGUAAUCUCAAAAUUGGCUUAAAUUGGUUCCAAAGAGAUUGUCUCGACUCUUCAAGAUUCUGUCGACUUCGUUCAAUCUUUUUCGAAUAAAAUUAAGCGCUUCUCCCGGAGCACACCCUGUUAAAUUCGGGUAGAACUACUUUUCGUUUGUUUCAGUGUACAUAUACAAUAUUAUUAACCACAAAUAGUAUAUAAUUCCAUGUUCUGCAGUGUCCAAUCGGCAACGCGAAGGCUCUAUUGUUCUUUGUGACCUAUUAAUGCAGAUCCCACGGUGAGGCGGUAUGCGUCCACAAGUCAGCGGUUGACGUGUUUGGUUAUUCAUUACCCGACACUCAACAUCUGCGUGUGCUGACGUAUAAGGGGUACCAAUGUCCUCAAUGGCACCCUGAAAUGCGUCCGCCCAUGCUAGUGUCUCAACAGCUGAUGCGUAAAAUAUUUUGGCCAAAGCCCCAGUCGAACCGGCUUAACAUUCGACUUCGGUAACACAAUAGUUACAACCCCACGUGAAUAAGCAACUAGUACCGCAGCGUUAAUUUUCUCCACGUGGAGUAAUUGCCAAGGCAAAUUAUUGUACAUACUUACUUAACUGCUGUACCGUUAAAUUGGUUUUCGCCAUCCCAGGCUCUUUGCAAAUUAUAUACGUAGAACACGCCUCGCAUGUUCCACUUUACCUUGGGACGAUUAGUUUAGACGAAAUACCCACGCACAAACAUCGCUUUUCAAAAUGUUUUCCUUAGACGAUCAAACAAAUAUGUGUAUUUUUCUACUCCGUACAGUUUGUUAUUAGUAUUUGGCAGACGCCGACGCACAAAUCACUAUGUUUCUGGUGAUCAUUUUAACACAAAACACUGAAGCAGAUACACAUAAACACAAAAACGCUAACAGGCAGUAAUACGCACAAAGUACCAUUUCAAUAUAUUUUUAUAGACUUUUUGUCAAAAAAAAAAAUAAUUAAAAUACCUUAUAUAAAAAAUGUUAAAAUGGUUGCAAAGAUAAGUUUUUUUUUAGCAUUUGGCCUCGCUCUUAUAUACACUAUUUACUAACUAUGAGUAAAACUCAAAUUGGAUCGUCUUUACUUUUAUUAUUUGAGAUAUAGCGAAUUAACAAACAUAGCUUAAAUGAUUUUACAAAUUCUUAUGUACAACUAACCAAUGAACCUACCGCCACUUCUAUGUAUGUAACUAUCUACCUAUUACUUACUACCUACUACUUACUACAACUGCGCCUAACCACAUACUACUGCACCUAACCUUAUACUACUCUUACUAACUACUAACGGAACGAGCUACUUAUCGAUAGUUUAGAUUGAAAUGCAUCGCAUCACGUAGAUCGAUGGCGACGCCUUCUAGUUCUUUGAGCCGAGCUCAUCGAAUUCGUAUGUUAAGACGGGAACGUUAACCAGUCUAAUGCCAAAUUCCUUAUCUGUUCUGUUUUCUCUCUCUCUUUUUGUUUCUUCGACUCUCUUCCUUUGGCCAAUAAUAUUUUACAGUCGAACUCAAUCAACGUCGGCUU